CGGAAAGUUACAGUACUAGGGGCCUGUUACAGUCGGUUCCUUUCGUUGCAAAUGCUAUUAGGUGACCUCCCCGAAAUUUGCGGCUGGAGAUUUGGUAGUGAGCACUGGGGUUCAGAGUCUCGACCCUCCCCGGGUGCUAGGAAACUUACUUAGCGAAGAUCGCCUUUUUUGUGAUACUCACCUGAGUCGCUUCAACCUCCAAAACAGAUUGACAGAGUGGAGUAGUUUAGCGACGUGCCUCAGCGUGCUCUGAACGAAGUUGUUCGACGACCACUGAACUGUGACGACCCUGAGGAGGAGGGAGUGCCUUAGAGUUCGGUGGAUAUGACGCAAAGAACACCAUUUUAGCGAAAGUCGACGUCGCCUCCAGACAGUGACAUUGUCGGGACUCUCGGCUGCUCUCGGCCGCGGAGGUCUUGAUAAAAUAUGAACGCGCGGAUCAAUAGAAUGGUGCCUUCGAGAAUAUUUGAAUCGGUUAUUAUGAACUUCGAAGGGCUCCUAGGAGUGGCGUUCUACAUAUUUGAGAGAAAUUAUCAGUACUUGGGCGGUGCAGUACUAGGUACGACACAAACGAGAACACCACUUUUUUUUUUUUUAGCGAAAGUCGACGUCGCCUCAAAACAUGGGCGACAUUGUCGGCAAAUAUCAGCCCGCAAUUGGUACACUCGAGAAUAUCUGAAUCAGCAAAGGGCUGUCUGGAAGAGCUUUGUAGCGUUCUCCACCUCUGAGAACUCAAAGUGCGAAAACUGCACUCUGCAGCUAGUUCAUUCUGCCAUCAAUUUGAAAAGAGAGCUGCGCAGUGCGUAUUUAUCUUAUCUUUUGCACAAGUGGACGUCGCCUCUGACCAUUGAUCGGAUGUCGGCUGCUGUCAGCCGCGGAGGUCUUGAUCAACUUUGACGCGGUGACCAAUACAUACAAGCCCCGCGAUUAGUCCGGCGUCCUCGAGAGUAUUCGGAGCCGGUUAUCAUAUCAUAUCAACGUCGCGACGAAGGACUGCCUGGGAGAGCGUUGUGGCGUUCUACCCCGUCCCACGCUUUUGAGAUUUUGAAGUGCGGCCAACCGGAUGGUUCUGAAUGACGUCUUGAAAAAGACUCUAGAGCCGUGAUAAGUAAAUCGCUCUGCCUCCUCGGGCUUUCACUAGUCGGAUAUGCAUACCCUUUGCGAUGUAACGCAGGAAUGUACGUAGAAGGGAUCACAAUCGAGGAGAAGCUUGAAGAGGACACGCGAGUGACGCAAAAGAUAGGACGUAAAAUGACACUCGUGACACCCCUCACGAGCAGAAGAAGAGGACGCGCGAGUACUAUGUAGCAGGAUUUCAAAGGACUCCAAGUCGGAAACGAAGAAUCAGAUACAACGUAAGUGACGCACUUGCCACAUCCUGUUCUUUUGCGUGCGAGCUUCAGCCGCAGCCGCCUCCUCGGAUUUUUACUAGUCGGGAAUGUACGUACCUUUUGUGGCAGACCAGUGCUUGGAGGUUCUUGGCCAGUUCUAGGGGAAAUGCAACGUUGAGAUGGGAUCACGAUCGAGGAGAAGAGGAACCUGAAACGUUGUACGAGUAGGGCCUGAAACGUCGCGACUCGCUCGCGAGUAGGAGAACGCCGUCGCGUCCACGCAAAAGAUACAACGUAAAUGACGCAAAGGAGCUCGUCACAGAUACCUCACAUCUUCUGUGUGUGGCCACAGCGUACGUAGUACUUCGUACCAUGCCAGAAGUCUAGAACGCUGCCGCCGCGGAAAUUUGGGACAUAUACGUUACAACUCGCAAUUGGUCGCAAUGAACGAGCACUUUGCAAUUGUCGGUUUACUUACUUCCUCUACUCCGAGUCUUGAACACGGCCCGAUCAACGCAGGUCCCAUAUGUACUUCGCUUCCAGUUCGUUUCGACUUUCAUAUACGUGCACGGCGGGCGUCGCAAUAGUAUUACUCCGACUCCCGUCAGGACUCACGAACCACCGGCGGCCAUUACAACAAAACGAAACGAAACGACACCAUGGCUCACCAAUGACCAUGCCAAGUAGCGCCCACCCCCUGGAUUCAGGAAGUAAAAGCACCUUCAAAGUCACCGUCACAACCCAAACCAACGUAAACUCAAUCCUAUUUUCUCCCAACUCGGAAUCGCCUAUUUCUCCGAGUCCCAACUUGGAUCGCCAAAGUCCUGAGCUCCGUCCGAUCGAUCGAGUCUGAUGAUUGUCGACUUCCUAAGAAGUGGGCCCUGGAAGAUAAGACGGAAUAAUGUUUGAUGAUGAUGAUAUGAUGAUGAUGACGACGACGCCGACUUGCGGGGUGAAACCAGUUGAAUAUAGGCUAUGUAGGUUCUCAUGGAGAUAAGUGUUCACAGCGAGGAAGCCA